UUGAGAAAAAAAUCUCAUACUGGCCUUCGUCCUCCUCCAGUCAUCCCUUCUCCGCUGCGCUAGGGUUAGGGUUUUCUCAUCGGUGGCGGCGAUGGAGUGGCCGGCGAGAAGAGUUCGGGAUACCUUCAUUUCCUACUUUGAGAGCAGGAGCCACACAAACUGGCCAUCCAGCCCUGUCGUUCCUCUUGAUGACCCUACUCUCCUCUUUGCCAACGCCGGCAUGAACCAGUUCAAGCCCAUCUUUCUCGGCACUGCUAACCCUAGCACUGGGCUUGGGAAGCUCAUUCGCGCCGCCAAUACCCAGAAGUGCAUCCGCGCUGGCGGGAAGCAUAAUGAUUUGGAUGAUGUUGGCAAGGAUACGUAUCACCAUACGUUCUUUGAGAUGUUGGGGAAUUGGUCUUUUGGGGAUUAUUUCAAGACGGAGGCUAUUGCCUGGGCUUGGGAGCUGCUCACUGUGGUUUAUAAACUGCCCACAGAUCGGCUGUAUGCAACAUAUUUUGGAGGUGAUGAAAAGGCUGGUCUUGCACCUGAUAAUGAGGCUAAGGACUUAUGGUUGAAAUACUUGCCGCCAGGUCAUGUGCUGCCUUUUGGUUGCAAGGACAACUUCUGGGAGAUGGGAGAUACUGGCCCCUGUGGCCCUUGUACUGAAAUCCAUUUUGAUCGCCUUGGUAACCGAGAUGCUGCAUCUUUGGUCAAUAAUGAUGAUCCCACAUGCAUUGAAAUUUGGAACCUUGUAUUUAUACAGUUCAAUAGGGAAAGUGAUGGCACAUUAAAGCCUUUACCUUCUAAACAUGUGGACACAGGAUUGGGAUUUGAACGUCUCACUUCUGUUCUCCAGAAGAAAAUGAGCAAUUAUGAUACUGAUGUAUUCUUGCCAAUAUUUGAAGCCAUCCAGCAGGCAACUGGUGCUCGCCCAUACUCCGGAAAAGUAGGGGCUGAUGAUGUUGAUAAAAUUGAUAUGGCUUAUAGAGUGGUGGCUGAUCACAUAAGAACACUCUCCUUUGCUAUUGCCGAUGGCUCUCGUCCAGGCAAUGAGGGGAGAGAAUAUGUAUUAAGACGCAUUUUACGAAGAGCUGUGCGGUAUGGUAGAGAAGUCUUAAAGGCACAAGAAGGAUUUUUCAGUGGGCUUGUAGGUGUUGUGGUCGAAGUGAUGGGUGAUGUUUUUCCUGAACUAAAGCAGCAUGAGAAAAAAAUCAGAGACAUUAUCGCAGAGGAGGAAGCAAGUUUUGGGAGGACAUUAGUUAAGGGAAUUGAGAAGUUUAAGAAGGCUGCUCAGGAUGUUCAGGGAAAUAAACUGAGUGGGCAGGAUGCAUUUGUUUUGUGGGAUACCUUUGGCUUCCCAAUGGAUUUGACACAGCUGAUGGCUGAAGAAAGAGGUUUAACUGUUGAUGUAGAGGGUUUUAAUAUUGCUAUGGAAGAAGCCAGAGAAAAAGCCAGGAGUGCCCGCAAUAAGUUGCUCGGUGACUCUAUUGUUAUGGAGGCGGAUGCAACAUCAGAGCUGCGAAGAAGGGGAGUGGCUGCAACAGAUGAUAGCUAUAAGUUCACUUGGUACAAGGACCACAAAAGUGUGGUAAAAGCUAUCUACACAGGGUCCGAGUUUCUAGAGACAGUCUCUCCUGGUGCUGAUGUUGGUAUUGUUCUUGAAAGUACAAGCUUUUAUGCUGAGCAAGGUGGUCAGAUAUAUGAUAUCGGGUCUCUUGAAGGAUCAUUUGGAUGUUUUCAAGUUGAUAAUGUUCAAGUGUAUGCUGGCUUCAUUGUCCACAUUGGUUCUUUUUCAAGAGGGACAGUGGCACUUUCAGUUGGUGACGAAGUAAUCUGCAAGGUUGACUUUGGAAGACGGGCACUUAUUGCUCCUAAUCACACAUGCACUCAUAUGCUAAAUUUUGCACUUCGGGAGGUACUUGGUGAUCAUGUUGAUCAGAAGGGUUCCAUUGUUCUACCUGAAAAGCUAAGAUUUGAUUUCUCUCAUGGGAAACCUAUCCACCCAGAAGACCUGAGAAAAAUUGAAUCAAUCGUGAAUCAACAGAUUAAAGAUGAAUUGGAUGUUUUUGCAACCGAGACAAAACUGGCUGAUGCAAAACUCAUUAAUGGAUUAAGAGCUGUCUUUGGUGAAGUCUAUCCUGACCCAGUUAGGGUUGUGUCCAUUGGACGGAAGGUGGAGGAAAUUCUUACCAAUCCAGAUAGCAAAGAGUGGUUGUCAAUUUCCACAGAAUUAUGUGGAGGAACACAUAUAUCAAACACACGGGAAGCAAAAGCCUUUGCGUUAUUAUCUGAGGAGGGAAUUGCGAAGGGAGUUCGUAGAGUAACUGCAGUGACAACUGAGCUUGCAUUCAAGGCAUUGGAGUUGGCUGCCUCUCUUGAUUCUGAAAUAAAAGAUGCAUCAAAAUCCGAAGGAGCAAUACUGGAGAAGAAAGUUGCAUCCCUUAAAAGCAAAACAGAUGCUGCUGCCAUUCCAGCAGCCCUGAAAGCAGAUCUUAGAGCAAAGAUCUCCCAACUCGAGGAUCAACUUAGGAAGGCGAAAAAGAAGAUUGGCGAGGAAAAUAUCCAUAAAAGCAUAAAGGCUGCAAUGGACGCAGCCGAUGCCGCUGUUUCACAAUCGAAGGCAUUCUGCCUAAUCCGUGUCAAUGUGGGUCUAGACACCACUGCAGUUCGAGAAGCCGUGCUCAAGGUCGUGGAUCAGAAGGGAUUGCCGAUUAUGAUAUUCAGCACGGAUGAGACGACGAACAAGGCGCUGGUAUGCGCAGCAGUGCCAAACAAUGGAUCGAAGGAUGGUUUGGUGGUUCUUGAGUGGCUGACUGCUACAAUGGUGCCUCUUAAAGGGAAAGGUGGUGGAGGGAAAAAUGGCAUUGCUCAAGGCCAGGGAAGUAAUGCCUCUAAUGUUCAAGAGGCCAUGGAUAUCGCGGCUAAUUUCGCGUCACUCAAGUUGAGGUAGCACACUGAAUCAGCAGAUUAAUGCUUUCUUGCUUUCUCAGAGUCUGCGCGAUUCAAUCGAUUCGGAGUACUUCGAAGAUAAACGAAGUGAUUUUAUGUCUUCGGAAAAAGAAAAAAUUAAGUUCAUUCUAGUUAUAACGAUCAAACAUCGAUCUCACAUGAACAUUUCACCACAGAUGAUAUUAUGUGUGCAUGUAAGAGAAGCUUUACUCAAGACAACAAUUUUUCACACUUGAUUUAUUUAUGCAAGUUUGGAUUGGUUUCAAUAGAAACAAUUCUUACCCCA